GUGACGGGGGGUGACACCAUGUUGACCGUGGGGUACAUAAGGAGGGAGAGCCCUGGAGUACCUCAGUGCAGAGGAGCAGCCUCCCUCAGGAGGCAGCAAUUUCCCUGGAAGCCUACGGCAGUUCAGCGUCCCAGGACGUGGAAGAUGCCCAUGGGUAAAGAGGCAAACGCCCGUUCCCAGCCCGCUGAGGGCAGGCCAAGCCAGCAGAGAAGGCGCCAGGUGGCCCAGAGGAAGCCCGAGGAAGUGCCGCAGGGCAGCACGAGCCAGGCAUCAUCCCACCAUGGGAUCACGCUGCCACAGCUGCGCUACUCAGAGAGGUCUCGGCCUAUGGUCACCCAGCAGGCACAGGUAGGGAGCCCCAGGGAGACGGAGCCAAACGUCCUCCUGAGCCCGGCAGCUGCUGAGGGGAAGGCGGGAGGCGGCCCGGUCAAGCUGGGGGUGCUCUGGGCAGUGGCCGUGGGCUGCGGGGGGACAGCCCUCUCCCCAGCCAGCUCUGGGAGCAGGCGGCAGCUGCCUGCGGGGCUGAGCCCUGCCCUGCAGCUGGCAGGGGGCCCUUCUGCCCGAGCUCAGCCAGCUGGGACAUGGGCAGGCUGCGGCACCAAGCGGUGCUGCCUCGCAUCAGCGAGUCGAGACAGGAGCAGACACUCGGUCUGCCACUGUUGGUGA